CCGGACGAAGUCCAGGACGAAAUGCUGUUGGAUGAGCUGCGCCAGUGGUGCGGCAUGAGGGGUGCGCCCAACUAUAUGGCGCUGUUUGAGGACCCAGGGGCUUUCUCGGGAGCGGCCACGGUCUCGGGUUCAGGCAAGGGUGCCCUCACGGAUCGAUUCAAGUUCGGGAAAUGGAAAGAGCGUGAGGCCGACUAUGCCGGGAGACACAUCUCUCAGCUGUCGGAUCGGAUAGCGGUCGAUCAAGAGAAAUACAUCAGAGAGCAGCUGUCUUUGAUGUUCCUGGGGAAAGAUCGUCGUGCUCAAGUGGACUCCCCGCUCUCGCGAGACGAGAUCAGAUCGUAUCGCACCGUGGCCGCUCAGGUGCAGUGGCUGGCUCGGGAAUCUCGUCCUGACGUGGCAGGCUCUGCGUCUUUGUUGGCGGCAGCGUUGCCCACCCCUUCUGUGGCAGAUGCGCUAGCACUGAUCAAGGUUGUGAAAUUCUUAAAGGCGUCACCAGAACAAAGGUUGACUAUUUGGAACCUCGACCCUGCUUCAGUGACUUUCGUCACGGCCAGCGAUGCUGGCGGCCCCGGUAGUGCUCGUAGAGGGGGUGCCCAGGGAGCGCGGCUCAUCAUGGCCGCGGACUCUAUCAUAAGAGACAACAGGCGAGCUCGGGUGAGCGUGUUGGCCUGGCGAUCCUUGAGGAUCAAGCGUGCCGUGGCUUCCACGGUGGCGGCGGAGACUCUUGCCUUGUCAGGGGCCACCGGGGAGGCCCAAUGGAUCCAAGUCCUUUGGAGGGACGCGGUGUUUGGAGACGUUCCCCGUCCCUCGUGGUUCGAGGGCCAGCGACCAUUUACGGUCAUGCUGGCCAAGGAUUGCUGUCUGGGGGAAGUUGCCUCGGGUCUCUCGGUCGUGGACGCGAAGUCGGUCUUCGACGUGCUCAGUCGUAACUCAGCCGGCUCGAGAGCCGAUCGUAGGAACGCUGUGGAACUUGCCGUGAUUCGGGACUCGCUCGCCUCGGUCGGUUCGCGAGUUAGGUGGGUCCCCCACGCCCGAAUGCCAUCGGACCCUCUCACCAAGGUCGACCCUGUCUCGGGCAAUCAUGCCCUGAAAGAUUUGCUCUCGAAGGCCUCGCUCGUGCUCGUAGACGAGCACGGGCACUUAGACGAACGGUCGCUGAACGCGAGCCUGAAAUCGAGAUCGCGGGGCGCCAGCAAGAAGAUGCUGGACGCCGAGGG